CGAACACCAUCUUACCACAUGAUAGUUCACAUGGACAUACAUACACAUGAUUCGGAAAUGAUAUAGUUUGUCAAAUUUUAAUCACUGUUUAUGGAAUUUAUGAUGAGAUGCAAGUGCUAUUUCAGAUUGCUGAAGUGAGGAGCAUACAAGAAGGAACCAGUCAUCAUGUAAGCUUACAAAGUUUGAAGGUUGUAAGAAUAGACAAGUGCAAUAAAUUGAGAUAUCUCUUCCCAACGUCUGUUGCUGAAAGUCUUGGGCAACUGGAAGUGCUGGACAUAUCCAAAUGCUUGGAAUUGGAAGAAAUAAUUCCCAAAACAGAAGUGUCAAACAUUAAUCUCCAAAGUCUAAGGGAAGUACGUGUAAGUGGCUGCAAUAACUUGACAUCUCUUUCCUCAUUGUCGCAUGGUCAAAUUUUGGAGAAAUUGUCAACACUUAGGAUUCGGGAUUGCUCUCGAUUGGAAUAUACUUUUCCAAUCUCAAUGGCUGAAGGUCUUCCACAGCUGAAUAAGGUUACAUUGGAAGGUUUGCCUGAAUUAAAAGGAAGGGAUGGAAAUGACAUUGUACUCACGCUGCCAUCUUUACAAGAGUUGUGUGUGGAUGAUUGUCCACAAUUGACUCCUUUUAUCAUUUCGGCUAAAAUACAGAUUGCUGAAUUGAGGAGCAUACAAGGACCCAGUCAUCAUGUAAGCUUACAAAGUUUGAAGGUUGUAGCAAUACACAACUGCAAUAAAUUGAGAUAUCUGUUCCCCACUUCUGUUGCUCAAAGUCUUGGACAACUGGAAGAACUGCGCAUAUCCGAAUGCUUGGAAUUGGAAGAAAUAAUUCCCAAAACGGAAGUGUCAAACAUCAAUCUCCCAAGUCCAAGGGAAGGUUUUGGGCUACAGAACAUAAUUUUUCAGAGUUUGAGGCUACUAAGAUUGUAUGAUCUACCUGAAUUGCCGGUGGCAUGGAAAGAUCCCGUCGAAGUUGUCAACUUUCAAAACCUCACUCUAUUGCGUGUUGAUAGUUGCAGAAGGUUAAGAUAUAUCUUAUCACCUACCAUCGCUCGGAAUUUGCCACAAUUGAGCUGUUUAAAGAUAUGUGAGUGUGAGGAAUUGGAGCAAAUUAUUGAAAAGGAUGGUCAAACUACAUCGCAAGGUCAUCAUCUCCAACCUAUAUGCCUCCCUAACCUGACUGAAAUAGAUAUUUAUAAAUGCGAAAACUUGAGAAGUCUCUUUCCGAUGAGUGUUGCUCAUGGCCUUUCAAAACUGCAAGAUUUAACUGUUUGGAACGUCUCCAAAUUAGAACAAGUAUUUGAACAAUCAGGAGAUGAGGCAAAUGGUAGCGAGGAAAAAGAGAAAGUGAUACAGCUACCUCUAUUGGGCACCUUACAUCUUGAAACUUUACCAAACCUUGUGAGGUUCAGCCCUGUGGGUUAUCAUUUCGUAUUCCCAUCUUUGAAUGAUUUAAUUGUACAAGGUUGUCCCAAUAUAUCCACAAACUUUAGUGUUGAUUCAGAGGAAUCUGGGCAUGCCAAAACAGAGGCAAUCCGAUCAAUUGAUGAAAAUAUAGUGGAAGAGUCUACUACUGCUCAACAAAAAACAUGGGCAAUUGGUAGUGAUAUAUGGUGGCGUAGACAAUUGAGUUCAAGAGAUGAGGAAAUGAAUGUGAGUUUCAGAAGAUGCAAGUGAAUGAAGCAGCUGCCAAUUUGCUGCAGCAUUUCACAAACCAUUCACCCAACUUCAUAGACUUGAAGACAAGUAUUGCGAUCAUAUUAGAAUGCAAAUUUCUAUGAGGGUACAUGAGACUGCAUUCCUGUUUAUUUAUGUCUUGUUUUUAUCAGCUAAAAGUUCAUGGUUUGUUGUCCUUUCCGCUGGCAGACUGAAAACAAGGAUCUUUUAAAACAUCAAUGCGCACAUUUUAAUUAUCAUUGUGUUUCUGUAAGGAAGUCACUUGAAAAUUCAUCAAUUCUGAAUAUCAGUUGAAUAGCAUUUCCUCCUCCCUCAAGACAUUAGAGAAAUCACAUAUUAUUUGUGGCAUAAGAAUUGCUGUAAGAAUUCCAUGCAUCUUAAUUUCAUUCAAUUAGAUUGAUUUUUUUUAAGUUUCCCUAGUUGAUGUUCUUUAGUUAAAGAAGGGAUCUUACUGAGUUAAAUACUUACUGGAAUACAAAUAAAUGAAAACAACCAAGUUGAUGGAAAAUGUUGGAUUGAAAUG